AUGGUUGGAGCUCAAUCUAAUCCACCCGGUGUCAACAACAACGGGUACCAAUAUGCAAAGUUCAGUCCUUCCAUGGCAAUUAUCAUAGUAGUUCUCAUAGCAGCACUUUUCUUCAUGGGCUUCUUCUCCAUCUACAUUCGUCACUGCUCCGACAAUUCCGGUGCUGCCGGCAGCGUCCGUCGAGCCCUCUCUAUGAGAUCCCGCCGUGCAGCCGCAGCGCGUGGACUCGACGCUUCCGUCUUAGAAACCUUUCCUACUUUCUCAUACACAGAAGUGAAGGAUCAUAAGAUUGGGAAAGGAGCCUUGGAGUGUGCUGUGUGUUUAAAUGAAUUUGAAGAUGAUGAAACGAUUCGUUUGAUACCCAAGUGUGAUCAUGUAUUCCAUCCUGAGUGCAUCGAUGCCUGGCUCGAGUCUCACGUCACUUGCCCGGUUUGUAGAGCUAAUUUGGUUCCGGUUUCGACCGAUGGGCCCAUACAGGAACCGGAGUCGAUUAACACGAAUGAAGAGAACUACGAGAAUGUGGAAAGAACCAACAGUUCAAGAAAUGAGCAAGUUGUUAUACAAGUUGAAAUCUGCGAUGAAAAUCAGCCUCAACGGCAAGUGGGGAUUUCUAAACCGGGGAUGAUGAAACGGAACUCAAGUUUUCAAUACCCGAACCGGCCACAGAGGUCAUGGUCCGUACCAAGGCCCAAAAUGUUUGGACUAGGUAAGUUUAGGUCACACUCUACUGGUCACUCCUUGUCCUUGGUUCUACCGGGGGAAAAUCUUGACCGCUUCACUUUGAAAUUACCUGAACAAGUUAGGAAAGAGGUUAUGGACCGUGCUAUGUUGAAUAGGACUAAAAGUUGUGCAACAACUUUAUCUCGAGAAGGCAGUUCAAGAAGGGGACCAAAGGUUUUUAGAAGGAUCGAAAGGUCAGAGUUAGAAGUGAAAUCCGAUCGAUGGAAUUUUAACCGUGCAUCAUCUUUUUUCUCGAGAGCAUUGUCGAUGAGAUCACCAAGGGUGGUAGCUGAGAACGGUGAAGGAUCCACCUCUAGGGGUAGUAGAAUGCCAAUAAAAAUGCCGUCCUUCAAGUGUUUGGAGCCCGAGGCUCUUGAUGAAAUUCAUCUAGUAUCAGAUGACUCGGUUCGGCAUCCGGUUUAA